GCGCUUUUUCGCUAAGUCGUUGUGUUGCUCGAGCGAUCGGACACAGUCGAGCGUCAGGAGAUGAAAGAUGCACACGACUACGUACCACGUGGGCAUGGUUGAGAUGAUCGCUUGCCUUGUGUGGUGCACCGCUCUUGGACAGCAACCCAACAACGUCUCUCCGAUCCUCGAGGAGCAUCCCUGCUCCAGACACGGAGACUGCUACAGUUGUGUUAGCGAUCCGUGCAGCAGGACGGACGACAAUAGCCCGUUUGCAUGUGUCUGGUGUGCGAAUGGAGCCGCAGCGGACGAGGGUGCGUGCAUUCCGUCCAGUUCGUCACGGGAAUGCGACUUGGACAAACUAUCAGUAUCCGUGAAAGACUGUCUAGACCAUGGAAGCCGACUAGCUGCACCAUCGAUGCGAGAACCAACUCCACAGCAUCUGCAAGAUGGUACAUGUGGAAUGAUCAUGGAAAAAACUUACUACGUCAAUGUAUCACAAAAAGAAGAUGCGUACGACGAGCAACACGAUUCUGGUUCUACAUUCAGAACGCAUCUCAACAUCUGCCGCAACGUCACCAAUCAAACCGUCGUGCAAUACUGCGGGUCACGUGCUCCUCUCGAGACGAACGAAUCGAACAACAAAAACAACGUCAUUUGUUGGAAUAUCGGCACAGUUAGCAAAAACUGGAACAACGCCUUCGCAUCGAAAGUAAUCGACGACGGAGUCUCAUUCAAACUAGAACUCGGAACUACUCCAUGCUGUCCCCAUGGCAACCAACCGGGUGAGUGUGUAUAUAUUCCGGUUCGAAUCAUCGGUCGCCCGGGAAAUUGCGGAACGAUCAAGCCGUGGCGCAUAGAAGGAGACUUUAAAAAAUUGACUCAGUGCAACCAAUCAGAUUCUCUGGACGUUACUGUAGUGAUGCCUCAUCUUUGUAGCGACACUAUUAUGUGGAGACUAGACGGUACCAACAUGUCGUCUAGGUGUUCACACGCUAGCAAUGGUGAAAUUAAUUGUACGGUGGCGGUUGAGACUUUGGAGAGGGGAAAAUCGUUGUCGCCGUAUUUGUUUGGCGAGAGCUUUGUUGUCGAACGAAUGUUUGUCGAGGAGGCACGUAAAUGGAAAGAUAACAGCACGCUGUCGCAGCUCGGGAGGGGAUUGGCAACGACGGACGGACACAACUAUUCGUUUACACUCUCUGGCAUCAACAGCAGUUUAUGUAAUCUUCGACUUUUCUACACCGACAGUGUGACGUCAUUUCCUGUUUUGUUACAGUUCGAUGCCGAUAAAAAUUGUUUGCAGCCUUCACCCACUGCAAACACUCUAGCUGCUAAAGUUGGGGGAUCUAUUGGUGCGUUUGUGUUUAUUGCUACAAUAGUCGGAUGCAUUGUGUGGAUCCGGAGGGUCCGUGGGAACACUCGGCCGCCGAGGGGCUUUGAUUACAGGGAAGAUUAUGGAGGUAUAGGAUAUCGUAAUAGCUAAUUGUCACAAAGAGAAUCUGAAUGCUAACAAUUGCUAGCUGAUACGAGUAUGACACAUUGUGAGUUUGAUUCCUAACGCAUAAUAUUCUGUGUCUUGAUAUUUGUAUUUCUAUCAGAAAAGUAAAAGAAAUGGUUUUCGUUACCAGACAAAUGUAGACAAAUAAGAACGUGCAGUUUGAAGAAAUACAUUUCUAUGCUACACCAGAUACAACGUGUGGAACAUUCACUGGAGACACGUAUUACCUACCUCUAGUACAAAAUGAAGAUGCUUACGGCGAACAGCGCAAUUCCGAUUCCGCAUACAUGCUACAUCUAAAUCUUUGCCGCAACGUCACAAACGCGACUAUCGUGAACACAUGCGGGUCGCGUGCUCCGUUACAGAUAUACGAAAUUCGUAGCGAAAAAAACAUGUGCUGGAAUAUCGGCAGCGUGAGUGACCCUUGGCCAAAAGCAAAAGUGGAAACAACGGGACUCUCAUUUCAAUUGCAUUUAGGAUAUGCUUCAUGCUGUUCUCUCGACGAACAACAACGUGCACAACCGGGAAAGUGUCUACCCAUCCGGGUUACAGUCUAUGCGUCACCGGGAAAUUGCGAGACUGCGAAACCGCAGAAUUAUCUAGAAAUAAAGUCAAUAAACUACAAACAACUGACAGAUUGUCACCCAGGGAAUAAUCUUUACGUCAGGCUAGGAGUGCGACGUCUAUGCAAUGAUGUGAUUGUGUGGCAACUAAACGAAACUGAAACGUCAUUCGAAUGUUUUGCGAACAACGACCCCAAAAUGAAUUGCACGGUAACAUAUAAACUCAGGGAGACCGAAAAAUCAUUGUCGUCUUCAGUCAUCUCUACCAACUUCCUUGUGCAACAGACAUUUGUCGAUAAUUCUAAGGUCCACAUGUACACCGUCAAUAGUACCGUAGCUCAGCUUGGCAGUGAUGUUGUGACCUUGAAUGAUACGAAGUUUUUGUUUACUGUGAAUGGCGCUAACGAGAGCUUAUGUAGUCUUCAACUGUUCUACAUUUAUCCGGCUGCGACGUCACCUCUCGUUUGGAUCAGUCAAUUCAAUCUGACCAAUAGAUGUCUGCCUGCGACUACUGCGGGCUCUUCUUCCUCGCUAGGAAUUGGAUUGAUUGUUGGUGGUACUGCACUUGUCGUAAUCGUGAUCGUGAUCACUGUUUUCAUUGUUUUCGUCUGUCGCCGUAAUCGGCGGCGUACGAUUCAUAGAGAUCCUCGGGGUCAUUAUGGCACUGACAGACAUGAGGCGGUCAACAUCAAUGUCAAUGGUCAGUGAGACUGUCAAUUCAAGUUAUUUCAACCUGGCCUGAAGUAUGACGGUGUCCGUGCAUGGAUGUCUAGUGUAGCAGGUGCAUGGUGUGCGACGUGACUUCUGAGAUUGUACAGUGCAUACCUGUCUAGAGUUGUCUAGGCGUAUACGUAUUUGCAUCGAGAUCUAUGUCAAUCAGUUAACCUAAAGCGACAGUAACUGUUUCAUGCGCAUGCUCCACAACAUCUUACAACUUGUAGCUGUCUUGCAUCUAGUUGGUAUCUACUAGAUACUAACUACCUACUAGAGCGUGGUUUCAAAAGGCUCCUAAAUGUGAAAGCGACUGUGUAAACAUAGCUUCAAUUACUAUAUAUUUUUAGUAAAGCUUCUCCGU